AUGGACCAAUCUGUUUAUUCGCUCAUUGCUCUAGCCAUCUCAUUACCCUGUGUGAGUGAUAAUUUCAAUACCAACAUCUGGUCUUUCGUUUUUACGUUGCGCCGCACUCUAUCUAGCUCUCAUCUUGCCCGACCCUUGGAAAAGACAUACCGCUCACGAAAAUCCCUCAAAGACCCUCUCAGCCUUCCAUCUCUCGCCAAUGCAGCCUCCAUUGAUCUCAGCGUCAUCAUUCCCGCGUACAACAAGACAUCCCGUCUCCGGUCCAUGCUCGAAACGACACUUGAUCACCUUAACUCCACUUCCAUCCGCCAGGCACGUACAUACGAGCUCAUCAUCAUUGACGACGAUUCAAAAGAUAACACGUCCGCACUUGCGCGGCUGCUCGAGAGAGCGAACCUGAGAUGGAGAGACAGACGCGAUCUACCCAUGGACAGACGUGAACCUCUCACCAAAGAUAGACGCGACCCACACGCUCACCCUAUGGAACGCUUAGACCGCCCUCGCCCUCCCUCCGAGCGUGGUCCCAUCCCCGCAGGCCCCAGCAUCCUGCAGCUCCACCUUGGUCCUAUCCAUCCCCAUCUGCACACGCAUGUGCUGCGGCUAGAGCGUGAUAGGGAGAGGGAAAGAGAGCGCAAAUGCGAAAGAGAACGCUUCCAUGCCAUCGCUCCCCCUCUAGACUGCGAGCGCGAGAUGACGAUCCACAGGGACCGAGAAGUAUUGUGUGAGAGAGCGGAGAGGUUGCGUUUGCAGCAGCAGCAGCAAUGGGAUCGUGACAGAGAUCGAGAAAGGGAACGCCCAGGAGAGAUGCAGCCAGAUAAACCCAGCCCAUCUUGCAUCUCGACUCUCCUGACCCCCUAUGCACUGGCAAACACCCACACCCACACCCACCUAUCGCCUCACGCACAUAAUACUCAUGGACACCCAUCAAGUCAUGGGCAUGUGCAUAUACCACCACCACCACCACCACAUAAUUCUCAUAUCCAGCAGGGUUGUGGGGGGAUGUUACCUGUCCAAGGGCAGUUCCAGGCGUUGCCUCCUCCGCAUCUGCAUGAAUGGGAUAGGGAUAGGGAACAUAUGCAAAGUCAGAGAGUGGACAGGGAGCGUGUGUAUCUGAGGCUUCCUGGUCCUGAGAGAGAGAGGCACCGGGACAUAGAUAGGGAUAGGGAGCAGAGAGAACGCUUGUCUACUGAUCAACGGUUGAGUGAACGUCCGGGUCCGGGAGAGAUCCUACAGUUGAGAGAUCGCUUUUGCCGCAAGCGACGCUGGUGUUCCUUCGACAAUAUCCCUCUGAACGGGAAAACAAAAAUCGACCCCGAGAAUCUAGAAAAGCUCCAGAAGAUGCACGCGCGGACGCUGGUGUUUGGUGACUCAGGAACGGGUGCUGGAUUCAAAUACACUCCGAUUUUCCUUGCAUGUACGCUCUUCCCGCAUCUAACAGAUCCCGCUGUACGUGCAUCUUUGCCUCGAAAGCAGCGGAAGAUUUGGUAG